GAACGGUGAAAGAAAUGGUGGGAAACUAGGAGGAAGAGUAACGCGUAGGAGGAGGAGGAGGAGGAGGAGGAGGAGGAGAGAGCACGAGGCUCGAAGAGAAGAGCGAAACUUGUGAGAUUUUUUCGGGGCCUCCUAUUUCAGUUUUCCAUUUUUGGAAAAAUUUUCCAUAUUUUGAUAUGCAGCAAUAGGAAGAGUGAAGGCGGGACGGCGGCGACGGAUGAGGAGGAAAAUUGGCGGGAAGAAGAAACAUUGAUUCUCUGUGAUUGGCGGGCAUUUUUCUUUGAUUGGCGCAAAAACAGUCGUUGAUUCUUUUUGAUAAAAGGCGGGAGAAGGGAACAGCGAUGGAUCUGUUGGCGGCGCAAUAUAGCGACGACAGCGAAGAUUCAGGCCAGGAGGAGAAAAGCGAAGGAGGGAGGACGGUAGGAUGCGUAGUAGAGGAGAAGAAGCACGCAGAUGUGAAGGACGAGGAGAUGGCAGACGUGAGUACAACAGUGAAAGGAGGAGGAGGAGGAGAGGGAGGAGAAGGAGGUGGAGGACAACGAAGAAAGCAGAGUGACGGCUCGGAAAUGGAAGAAGAUGGCGAGGAGGAGAACGAGGAGAAUAAGGACAAGGACAAGGAGGAGGUGAAAGAGGGGGAGGAAGAGGAAGAGGAAGAGGAAGAAGAGGAGUUUGAGUACAGACCAUUGCCGUCGAAGUGUUCUGCUCCUGAUGUUAGUGUGCCGUUGGAUGGGGAGGGGAGAGUGAUCGCGCCGCCAAUUCCUCUCGACUCGAAGAAGAGACAAGUCAACUUCAAUCCGACUUAUUCUCAGCUAUGGGGGGAAGCAACGAUGUCGAUAAUUACGCAAAAAGCACCCUUUGGAGAGGCGAGGGGUCUACUGAGGGGUCCAAGGAAUCACAAGACGGGUUUCGUAGAAGAUUCAUCGAUAGACCCGUGUUUAUUCGACGAGCAAUUCCACACAUUUCACGCCUACGGCUAUGCCGCCGACCCGUGCAGUGCAGAGGGGUUGAAGCUCAUUGGAAGCCAGCUGAGUGUGGAGGAACACGGCGGCGCGUCCGUCUUCACUACUGCACAAUGGGAGCACCGCAAGCGGCGGGCAGAGUUCCGCGACCCACCACCUUCUAGGGUUCAACCACCACCUCCUCCUCCUCCUCCUCCUCCUGCUGCUGCUGCUGCUGGUUCUUCUACUGCUGCUGCUUCUGCUGCUGGUGCUGCAGAAGGCGUUGGUGUUGACGUCAGUGGUGCUCCUCCUGGUGCUUCUACUCCUGGUGCUGGAGAUGGGGUUGGCGUUGAUGAUGUCAGUGGUGCUGAAGUGGCAGUAGACGAGGAGUUGAUGUCAACACUUAAUCCUGCAUCGGACACGUGGCUGGAUUACAAGAGUCCGUGGGCGAAGCGGAAUGAAGGGCCGGCGGCGGAGCUGACGGAGGAGCAAAGGAAGUACCGAGAGGAGUACAGAGAGAAGAAGGCCGAGGAGAAGGGCGAUAAAGCAGAGUAUCAGGAGAAGAGUGUGUUUCACGGCAAAGCCUCGGUGGACUACCAAGGCAGAUCUUGGCUGGCACCGCCCAAGGACCGCAAGGCGACCAACGACCAUUGUUAUAUCCCCAAGCGAUGGGUGCAUACCUGGAGUGGGCACACCAAAGGUGUUAGCACAAUUAGGUUGUUUCCCAAGUACGGACACCUUCUCCUCUCUGCGGGGAUGGAUACGAAGAUCAAGAUCUGGGAUGUUCACGGAUCGGGCAAGUGCAUGCGCACCUACAUGGGUCAUCAGAAAGCCGUGAGGGAUAUCUGUUUCAACAAGGACGGCACUAAGUUCUUGAGCGCGGGCUAUGAUCGCAAGAUUAAGUUAUGGGACACAGAGUCGGGGGUGGUGGAGAAGGUGUUCGGCACGGGCAAGAUUCCCUACGUCGUGAAAUUCAAUCCUGAUGAUGAUAAACAGAACAUACUGUUGGCGGGCAUGAGUGACAAGAAGAUUGUGCAGUGGGAUAUCAACACAGGAGAGAUCACUCAAGAGUAUGAUCAGCACUUGGGAGCGGUUAAUACCAUUACCUUCGUCGAUGAGAAUCGAAGAUUUGUGACUUCCAGUGAUGACAAGUCGCUUCGUGUGUGGGAAUUUGGCAUUCCGGUCGUGAUAAAGUAUAUUAGUGAGCCUCAUAUGCAUUCUAUGCCGUCGAUAUGUGUCCAUCCUAAUGGCAAUUGGUUUGCUGCGCAGUCGUUAGACAACCAGAUCUUGGUAUAUAGCACUAGAGAAAGGUUUAGAUUGAACAAGAAGAAGAGAUUUGCAGGCCACUUGUGUGCAGGAUACGCUUGUCAGGUCAAUUUCUCUCCUGAUGGGAGGUUUCUAAUGUCGGGGGAUGCAGAGGGGAGGUGUUGGUUUUGGGACUGGAAGACUUGCAAAGUGUUCAGAACUCUAAAAGCUCACGAGGGGGUGUGCAUUGGCUGCGAAUGGCACCCCUUGGAACAGAGCAAAGUGGUCACCUGCGGUUGGGAUGGGCUCAUCAAGUACUGGGAUUGAUUGAUUGAUUGGUUGAUUGAUUGAUAUCAUUUCCAGAUUGUCGUUUUUCCAUUUUGCAC